UUACCAAGUUGACAAUGAUCACCUCGCGCUUGUUGAAUGACAUCCACAGUUACCAGAAAGAAAUACGUGGUGGUAAGUUCAAUAUGGUGCUCCUGUAUGUCAAAGAGAACCAAGGGGCUACUAACGAAGACUCAAUUGAGCACAUUAGCAAAAUAAUUGAGAGAAAGGAAAGAGAGUUCCUUGAGAUUUAUAUGGAUGAUACGUACGCUGGUGUUCCUAACGAAUGGAAGGAGCUACAUUUAGCUACUUUCAAGUCAUUCCGAAUGCUCUUCAAUACAACUAAUGCAUUUGACUCACCUACUGCAUUAGUCCAAAGUAUCAGCGAUGCUUUCUACAACCCGUUUGUGAUGGAUUCUCGGAGAACAUUUUCGUCGAGAGAAGAAACUUUACUUAAACCAAUGAAGGAGAGAUGGAGUCAUCCAAGGAAGAAGUAUACUGAUGAUGACUUGUUGAUAAAGUCCGGCAAUCGAUCUGAGAGAAAACACGGCACUAUACCACAAAAUUCAAGAAUGCUGACAAUGAACAUCAAUCGACGAUGGUCUUCUAAGACAUGGAGUAUCUCAAGGAGAAGAUCUUCUACUAUUGCUUUGAUGGGCCCUUGCAUCAACUCAAGGGUCUUGUCUAAGAUAUAGGAGGUUCUUAUGUUUCGCAGUUUGGCAGCAACUUCAUAA